AUGUGGAUUAUCAACUGGUUCUACGACGUUUUGGCGUCCCUUGGCUUGCUCAACAAGCAUGCCAAGCUCCUCUUCCUGGGUCUCGAUAAUGCCGGAAAGACCACCCUCCUGCACAUGCUGAAGAACGACCGAGUUGCGAUCCUUUCACCUACCGCCCACCCAACAUCUGAGGAACUCGUCAUUGGAAACAACCGAUUCACCACCUUCGACCUGGGCGGUCACCAGCAGGCUCGCCGCCUCUGGAAAGACUACUUCCCCGAAGUCAGCGGGAUCGUCUUCCUCGUUGACGCCAAGGACCACGAGCGCUUCCCCGAGUCCAAGGCCGAGCUCGACGCCCUCCUCGCCAUGGAGGAGCUGUCCAAGGUCCCCUUCCUUGUCCUCGGAAACAAGAUCGACCACCCCGAUGCCGUCAGCGAAGACGAACUUCGACACCAGCUUGGCCUGUACCAGACGACGGGUAAGGGUAAGGUGCCCCUCGAGGGUAUCCGGCCCAUUGAGGUGUUCAUGUGCAGUGUUGUUAUGAGACAAGGAUAUGGCGAGGGUAUCAGGUGGCUGUCUCAGUACGUCUAA